AUGAACCCCCAUCUCAAAACACAAGUCUUGCACCUGAAAUGCACAACACCUUUUUGGUUCAAGGAAAUUUGGAACCACCAGCAGCUUUUGAGAGAUCUCAUCAGCCUGUUCUUUGCCAUGGCUCGUGCUCUUGUGCUCAGCUUGGUGCUGGCAUUGGCUUCGGCAGAGUCCGUGAAGGAUUGCAUCCAAAGCAAGUGCCGUGGGUGCGGUGGAGAGCAAUGUCAGCUUUGCCGCGAAGACGUAAACACCGUGUCUGCUUGCGUGUCAUCCUGCAUGGACAACCUUUGCCGUGGCUGUGGUGGCGAGCAGUGUCAGCUGUGCCGUCAAGAUGCCAGCCACAUCGAGACCUGCUGCUCCCAGCAGGGACUGGAAUCGGUUACUUCGCAGAUCGACACAUGCAAGGCCCAGCCCACAACUCCUUGCGCGGGCUUGUACGGGGCUGAAAGCCUCCAAUGCGCCUGGGAAGAGGAUGUGAAGAGCUGCCUGGAGACCAGCUGCCGCGGUUGUGGGGGUGAGCAAUGCCAACUGUGCCGCGAAGACGCGCAGAUCAUCGACGCCUGCUGCCAGGAUCAUUGGCACUCGGUGGAUCCGCCGCAGAUGUGCAAGGAUGCCAAGGAAGACCUGGAACCCAAGAAUCCUUGCGAUGGCUUGUACGGCGCCGAGAGCCUCCAAUGCGCCUGGGAGCAAGAUGCCAAAAGCUGCGUGGCCGCCGCCUGCCAGGGUUGCAGUGGCGAGCAGUGCCAGCUGUGCAACCAAGAUGUUCAGAAGAUUGCCAGCUGCUGUGACGAGCACUACCACUCCGUUGAUCCGCCGCAGAUGUGCAAAGACUCCAAGGAGGAAGCUGUUACCAACUGCUUUGACAGCAAGUGCCGCGGCUGUGGUGGUGAGCAGUGCCAACUAUGCCGUGAAGAUGCCAAGAGCGAGUGCUGCACUGGGUCCAUGCGAACUCCUUCCUGCGAGUCCUCCAAGGCCAUCCUUCCAUAA